UUUAACAUCUUAUUCAUAUGAUUUCUUGUUGUAGUUCAUCAAUAAAAUGGCGAAAUGUACCCAAAGAAAGACACAGACAAAAGAAAUAUACCAGAAACGUUGUUUCCCACUUUCACCUAGAUGAAUUCAAGACUUUUUUCAGAGUUGACAGAGUGAGUGUUCAGUGUCUAAAAGAGAAAAUUUCUUCAAUAUGCACCCAACAGAAUAUAUCAGGCGUUUUAUGCCGCAUGUCUACAGGAGGAUCAGCUCAGACUCCACUCGAGGACCGCCUACUGAUGUUUCUGUGGUAUAUGGCCAGCUUAGACAAGUAUGCUGCCAUUGCAGAUAGAUUUGGAACAAGUGAAAGCACGGCUUUAUAUUCAAUUCACAAUUUAAUAACUUUCAUUAGUGACUAUCUAUUAGAUGCAGUUAUUCUGUGGCCUACUCCUACAGAGAUUCAGGAAAUCAAGGAUAUGUAUUUUGAUCUUAAAGGUUUUCCUGGCAUCGUUGGAUUCAUUGACGGGACACAUAUUUCAAUUAAAAGACCAUCAGACAGAGGGUUUGACUAUUACAACCGUAAAGAUUUUUAUUCAAUAGUCCUGCAAGCUGUUGUACGAGAAGAUCUCCGCUUUAUAGACAUUUUUGUUGGCUUUCCAGGAAAGGUCCAUGAUGCGCGUGUUUUGCGCCACUCGAAAUUGUUUGAAAAUGGACCAGUCUUAUGUGGAGAUGGUCAUUUGUUAAGCGACUCGGCUUAUCCUAAUCUUUCAUGGUUAUUAACACCUUUCAGAGACAAUGGGCAUCUUACUGAAGUCCAAACACGUUAUAAUUACAUACACAGUAGCAUUCGUAGUACAGUUGAACGUGCAUUUGGUUUAUUAAAAGGGCGAUUUACCAGAUUAAAGCACCUUGACCAAAACGAUACAAAAUUAAUGGUAAAAACUAUAGUGACAGGGUGUAUACUGCACAAUAUCUGCAUCUUAAACAACGAUGAUUUCCAGGAUAUGAUGACAGAUGACCAAGUUCCCCAAGUCUUGCCCAAUGCAGGUAUAUAUGACCAGGAAUUGAUGAACAGAGGGUCACUCAAAAGACUUCAAAUUGCACGAAGAUUGUGUUAA